AUGCUCGACCAUAUCACGCCUUUCUUUGCGCUAGUGGCCUUCUUCUUGGUUCUCAUGCCAUUUGCCUGGCAUAUCAAAUCCAAAAAUGUUGGCCUUAUCAUGCUUUCAAUCUGGCUCAUGUUGGGCAAUCUGGACAACUUCGUAAACUCGAUGGUCUGGUGGAAGACAACUGCGGAUCUAGCUCCAGCCUAUUGCGAAUUGAGCGUGAGGUUGCGGCAUUUACUCUUCAUCGCAAUUCCAGCCUCGAAUCUUGCGAUCGCCCGCAAGUUAGAGAGUAUAGCUUCAACAAGACAGGUCCGAGCUGGUCCGGGGGACCAUAGGAGAGCCGUUAUCAUUGAUCUUCUCAUCUGCCUUGGCAUUCCCAUCAUAUACACAAGCCUGAUGAUCGUCAACCAGUCCAACAGAUAUGGUAUCCUUGAGGAAGCCGGAUGCUGGCCGAUGAUGGUUUUUUCGUGGCUCUGGGUUCUACUUGUGGCGGCGCCAGUAAUCGUCGUGAGUCUCUGUUCCGCUGUCUACAGUGCUCUCGCGUUUCGUUGGUUUUGGGUUCGUCGCCGUCAAUUCCAAGCAGUACUGGCAAGCAGCGCUUCGACCAUCAAUCGAUCACAUUAUGUUCGGCUUCUUCUGCUUACAGCCAUCGACAUGCUCCUUUUUUUCCCGAUUUAUGUUGGGACCAUCGCGGCACAAAUCAAGAGCUCUAUCUCAAUCCCAUAUGGCUCCUGGUCCAGUGUUCAUACCGGGUUCAAUCAGAUCCCUCAGUAUCCAGCAAGCCUCGUCCUCAUGGAGAACACGUUUCAGAGAAAUCUCAUCCUCGCUAGGCUCGUCUGCCCUUUAUCGGCCUACAUUUUCUUCGCAAUGUUUGGCCUUGGUCUUGAAGUCCGCCAAGGCUACAAGGAAGCAUUUCACAGGGCCCUGCUCUUUUGCAGGCUUCGUAAAGAACCGAAGGCAUCUGCACUGCAACAUGUUGUCGCAGAUAUCGAGGUUGUGACUUUCCGGUCUCACGACACAUUCGAUGCCAACACCUCGACGAAAUCGGAGAAGUCUGACAUCGACAUGCGGGGAUCUGAAGCGGCCUAG